GCAUUGCAGAGGUGUUCCAUAUGUGCCAAGAUAAUAGAGCAAGUGGUUAUGGGUCCAAGUGGUGUUAUGUAACAACACAGAGAAGUUCUGCUUCACAUGCCUGCGAGGAGCUCCAACGAGUCAGUUCUGAAGUCACACUACAGCCGGGACGCGAUGGGCAGCGGGACAAGCCGCGGGACUAGCCGCGGGACGAAAGUGGCACCUGCGGGGCUGAGCGAGGCGAACAAGGCGACCAAAACCACCACAGCAGUCGGUUCGUCCAAACAACACACUCCGGCCCGAGCCUUCCAUCUCCUGAGGAUCCACGCCCGCCGCAGGGCUCCACCAGCGGACUGUCACAGCGCCGGGCACGACUCGGAGCUCUCCGGGGACGACGAGGACGUGGACGCGGAGUUGGACGCCGUCCUCGCCGGCUAUGAGGAGGAAGAGGUGGUGGUGGAGGAACGGAAGAGGACUUGUGUCAAGAAGUGUUCCAAAAGGUCCAGAACGUACGGACUGUGUCAUUUCAGUAGCCGGGAGGAGGAUGAGGGUCAGCAGGGGGCGUCCUGCUCAGGCCUGAGUGGGGCACAUGGGCCACAUGGCUCCCAGGGAGCAAACAACAACAAGAGAAGCCAUGAUGCCUUCACUGCCGUACACAAAUGUUCUCCUCAGGCCUUCUUGACAACAGGACCAGUGCUGGGAGAUGCUCCGCCAUCAUCACAACAGCAGAUCACUUUAGCCACGCCAGUCAUCCUGUAUGAUGGCUCGGAAGAAGAACUGAUGGACACCAUUGAGAGGGACUUUAGUUGACCUUUCACUGUUUUUGCAUUUAACAUGUAGAGACGACACACUCACUUCAUGUGUAACCUACCUAGUUUGGCGGAAAAAUAGCAACCAAGGCACAUUUUGCUGGGUGCUGCAAUGGAAAUAAGUGUUGCAUAUGUAGAAGUGCAACGUGAGCAACUUUUGGUUAAUGCUGCCAACAUGCAAAGGAAGCCAUGUGCUGCUGGCCAUGUUUAUUUAGGUUUCCUUCCUGACCACACUUAAGGAGCACUUCUCCACCCACUGAAGGAAGGAAUGUGUGCCACAAAGUCUUUUAAUGGACCCUAACUGCUCAACUUUCAGCAAAAGAGGUCUGCUGCCACCUAGUGGUGGGAUACUAGCAUCUAGUGUACAGUAUGUGUGUAUUAACACAUGAGCAUCGCUCCACUAAGAGUGUUUUUGGGGCCACACUGAAGAUUAAAAAAAAAGCUACAAUAAAGUUCUAAAAUUAAGAGAUUAAAACCAUAAUGUGUAAUGGAAAAAUGAAAUAUAAGGUAAUAUUUUUAAAAUGCAAUAUUACCACAACAAAUUACAAGAAAAAAAAUUUAACUUUCAAGAAAAUAAUAAAAAAAAAUAAAAUAGUACAUAUUUUAGCUCUACAUAUUUUUUAAAAGUUUUUUAAAGACAAAAGUCAAUAUUACAAAAACGAAAGGCCACAAUAUUAGAAAAAAUGUCAUUAAAAAUGGUGUGAACCUGUGGGAAUAAAAUGUUUACAUUUUGAGACAAAAAAAAAAAAACAGGGGAGGUUGUGGGGGGGGUGUUUCAUGACAAAAAAGUUACAAGAAUAAAGUUGUAGUAUAGAAAGAAAGUCAUUAUACAAUGAUAAAGUUAGACAUAAAGUCGCAGUAUUAGAAGAUGUUGGCAUUGUUACGAAACGAGGGAAAACACCUUUAUUCUUUUGCUAACGUUAUUUUCGCUUAAGUUUUUUUGUCUGGUAAUAUUUGAACUGUGUUGUGGUAGGAUUUUAUUGUUCUUUUCAGCGUGGCCUUAAUACUUUUCUGCUUGCCUCAAGUGUGUUUAACGACCGGUGACUUCCAACCAGAAAUUUGUGUUUUUCAAACAGAAAGGUUAAAAACAAGGUUAAAACAUGUCAUUUGUGCCAUUUUAUCAUCAUAAUGACAGUUUGAGCAGGUGGACAGCACAAGAACAUUCCAUUUUUUUUUUUUUUACAUUUGUACCGCAAUAUAAAUGCAACAUUCCUUAAAUGUUUUACAAUAUGUAUUUAAAAACAUAACGUAAAAAUUGUAACCAACAACAUUUGAAGUUAAAUAUUAAAAAUGAAUGUAUUUUAAAUAAGAGUAACGCUAAUAAAACGCAUUGUUGUUGGCAUUUAGAGGAGUUGACUGUGACUGACUUUCUUUGAAGGCCUGUAGAACGAUAUUCUCCUGUUCACCGCCGUCCACAGUUU